CUCAACUUCUUCAAGAUGAAGGUUAUGCUUGUUGCCUGCGAGUCUUGUCGCUUGCGAAAAAGAAAAUGCGACAGAGCCUACCCCUCUUGCUCCUUGUGCCAAAAGGCUGAGCGAGUGUGUUCCUAUGCCCUUUACCGCGUCGCAGAAAGUAUCCCAAACCAGAGCUCAAAGGCGCUGGUGACUGAGAGUCACCACACGCGCAGUUCCAAAAAGCUCACACCUAGCUCCUGGGACGCUGUGGAGAGUCAAGUUUAUAUCUCGUGGGCUAUCCAGGCGCCAGCUGUCUCAGAUUCCUAUCCCAUCGCCUCUCGCUGGUAUAUGCCACGCCUAAUCAAGCACUUCGUCGAAUGUCACAAUGCCACACGCGUGCCAAUUAACGAUAGAUCUAGCUCUUAUAAAUUGCAGACUACCUGGAUGAGAGGUGCGAUGAGCGACCCUUGCUUGUUCCACGCAACUCUCUUUACCGGCUCCUCCAAUUUUGAUCUCCGCCGUGGAAUCCAGCAGAGUACAAUUACCCUGUAUCAUUACAAUGAACUGAUCAAAUCGGUCAAAAAGCGUCUAUCCGACCCGAAAACAGCGCUAGAUGACCGCACGAUAGCUGCAAUCACACCGCUGGCACUCUUCGCGGUUCUCACCGGAGAUCGAGCUUCCGCUGAGGUGCAUCGAGCUGGUCUAGCGAAGAUCGUCCAGCUAAGGGGUGGUUUGGACAAACUAGGCCUGGAAGGACUAACAGCAUCUCUCAUCUACGUGAACGAUGUUAUUUCAGAUAUAGUCUUUGACAUGGACUCAAGACCUCUACCGCACUGCCCGCCCAUGCCACCACCUGGCCUCGAGGAACGAGUUCUCAGCACACUUAUCAGCCGAUCUGCACCGGAGUUUCCCGGUCGCUCCAUUCAAGCAUUGUUCCAGUACAUCCAAGAGCUCAAACUUCAGCUUGUGGUCCAUCAAUCGACGGCUGGUUGGGGUUGCAACGCGGCACAAGGCAACGCGAUCUCGCUUCCUACCAACGAUGACCCCGUGUGCCACUGUUGCUCCUUGGCGUUCCGGAUUUUCCACGCUAUUAUAAGCGGCGGGGCGAAUACGAGCAAUUUUGCCGACUACCUAGACGCCUUAGCCAGCGAUCUCCGUGAUGUGCUAGCCCUAACCGACGACGAUGUAUGGAUGCGACAUUUCCCCGCGGUUCUUACAUGGGCUUGUAUAACUGGCGCCGCCGCUGCCAGUGAUCCGCAUCUGCGGGCAUGGUUCUACUUCCGGGCGGCAGGUGCGGUGGGGAUGCUCGAUGAUGCCGGCGACUUGUCUUUUCACGAAGAUAUGUCUUCACACUUCCACUGGCUUCGAUCGUUGCGACGGGAAGUCCUUCAGUCCGGUGCAAAAGUGUUGUAACUAGGUCC